ACCAAUAAGCUAAAGACUAGUAAUAUAGAAAGUAUUUAGAAGUUAUGAAACUUGAUCCUAUAAGAUAUCUGGUGAGCUAACCAGAGUUACAAUUCACAAAACUUCAGCUAGCUUUCCUCUUCUUGCAGUAGGAUUCAAUAUGGCUUUGGCUGCUUCUUUUAUUUGCUUCCUUUUAUCUUUUCUUCUGAUCUUAGUUCAGGCAAAUGGCAGAAACGAUUCUAGUUGUCCAAAGUCCUUUUCUUGUGGGAAUCUUACUGAUCUGAGCUUUCCUUUCUCUCUUUCCACACAACCUGAUUGUGGAAUAAUCCCUCUAUCUGGUUGUGAUGCUAAACCUCAUCCCAGAAUCCAACUGCUUCCUGGAGGAGAUUGGUACUAUGCUUUAGAGAAGCAAUAUUCAUCAAUUUGGCUUGGGGACGCGAAGUUUCAAACGACAUUGAAUCAACACAAGUGCCAGGCUUUUAACAAAGAUUUCUUCCUUCCAAUCUCUCCUUCUGUUUCUUUCCCUAUACUUAAUCUUUACAACUUCUUCAAAUGCAACAGCACCACUAAUAAUACCCCGAGCAUUACCCAGAAGAAGAACGAUCAUUUUGCUGGUUAUAAAAUGUACAAUGGCUGUAAAGGCUUCAGCAUAUACUACAAGCUUCCCGGAGAUGAUGAUGUUAAAGACAUUCCAGCAGACAAUCUUCCUACCAACUGUUCACUUAUCAGAUUGCCAUUUCACUCUGUAUCCGGAGAUGGUGAUUUGUUUGACUUGUUAGGUCCCGAAAUUCAUGUAGAAUGGAAACUCUCUGAGGACUGUAGCCGAUGCCACUAUGGUGGAGGUCAAUGCCAGACUGAUAAAACCAACAGAUUUUAUUGUCACGAAGAUACAAACACAACUAGGGGUAGUACUGAUCAAAGAAAAGAAUCAACUCGAAGAAAUACAGUGGAGCUGAUUCUGGGUACAGUUUUUGGUGGAGUAGGAUCGGUGAUGAUAACUUGUGCAGUUGUAUACUUUAUCUGGCGUUACAAGAAGAGUAAAUUUAGUCCAUCCCACUUCCUCUCGACAAAGAAACUAUCAGAUAUUUUUAAUCACGAUGUUGAGGGAGGCAGUAUAUUCUUCGGUGUCCCAGUCUUCCCCUAUUCAGAACUUGAAGAGGCCACAAAUGAUUUCAAUUCCUCGAGAGUACUUGGAGAUGGAGGUUAUGGAACUGUUUACUAUGGAAAACUUAAGGAUGGUCGAGAGGUUGCUGUGAAGCGCCUCUACGAGCACAACUGCAAGCGAAUGGAGCAGUUUGUAAAUGAAAUUGAGAUCCUUACUAGACUAAGGCACAACAAUCUUGUCACCCUCUAUGGCUGCACUUCAAGGCGAAGCCGUGAACUACUCCUUGUCUAUGAAUACAUUCCUAAUGGAACUCUUGCUGAUCACCUCCAUGGUGACAGAGCGAAGGACGGAUUACUCACGUGGCCAAUCCGCAUGAACAUCGCCAUAGAAACUGCUGGUGCAUUGGCUUACCUGCAUGCUUCUGACAUAAUACACUGUGAUGUCAAGACUAAUAACAUACUCCUUGAUCACAACUUUAGUGUUAAAGUUGCAGAUUUUGGGAUUUCAAGGCUCUUCCCAAAUGAUGUCUCUCAUAUUUCAACUGCACCGCGGGGGACCCCUGGCUAUAUUGAUCCAAAGUAUCACGAAUGUUACCAGCUGACUAGUAAAAGCGAUGUUUAUAGCUUCGGGGUGGUUCUUGUUGAACUCAUUUCAUCCAUGCCAGCUGUGGAUAUGAGUAGGCAUAGCCAAGAGAUUAAUUUGGCUAACUUCGCAAUAAACAAGAUUAUAAAAUCUGCAUUUAACGAGCUGAUCGAUCCAUCUCUGGGGUUCGAUUCAGAUACCAAGAUUUGGGAAAUGGCAACUUCAGUGGCAGAACUGGCUUUUCUAUGCUUGCAGACAGAUAGGGAUGUGAGGCCUAGUAUGGUUGAAGUUUUGGAUAUUCUAAAGGAGAUUCAGACUAGUGAAUUUGACAAUGAGAAGAGAGCUAAAGUAGCAACAGCUCCUCCUUUCCCUGAAUCAGAAAAUUUGUUAUUGUUGAAGCAAGUCAAAUCACUACCUUCACCAAAUUCUUUGACUGAUAAUUGGUUUACUUGCUCUGAUAUAACUAGUACAACUAGUUAAAGUUCUAUAGCCCCCUUUCUUUAUGUUCUUGGUGUAAAUUUUGAGAGACUAUGAAUAUAGUACUGUCCUCUCUACCUCCACGAGGUAGGGGUAAGGCCUACACACUACCCUCUCCAGACCCCACUUGUGGGAUUAUACUGGGGAUGUUGUUGUAUGAAUAUAGUAUUGUGAGAAGUUUCUUGAACUAUGUAUCUAUGAGUGGAAGUGAUUCAAUUUUUAGUUUCAUUACAUAAGAAUUUAAGUUAUAUACAGGGCAGUGUAAUGAAAGUUUUACUAUAUUUGUGUAGUUUAACAUGUUGUUCCAGGCUUA